CUUUUAAUGUGUAUGUGAUACAUAGUAUGUACAAGUGCUUCAGAUCAGUAUUUUCUCUUUAUAUCUUAAAUUUGUACUUCUUCAUUUUCAAUGAAAAGACUUUUAUAUCAUGUUAACACUUCAUGUGUUUAUUUUUUUGUAAUUUGACAAUGGCUUCCAUAUUUAGUGACUGUUUAAAUCUACUUUGAACGUAAAAGCUCUUAAUAUAAGGUGCCUUAAAAUCAAUUAUUUUAUUUUAUUUUAUUUAUUGUUCUGGCAGACGGCGUCCUCACUAUAUAACAUACCGUUAAGUCGAUUAUUUUAUUUUAUUUUAUUUUAUUUUAUUUUAUUUUAUUUAUUGUUUUGGCAGACAGUGUCCUCAGACUCCUCACUAUAUAACAGACCUUUAAGUCGAUUAUUUUAUUUUAUUUUAUUUUAUUUUAUUUUACUUUAUUUUAUUCUGACAGACCGUCCUCCGUGCCGUAUCGUUUUAUUCUGAAAGGGCUCGGCCGGAAGCGCGUCUGCUGGUUCUUGCGCUAACUUCCCGGAGGAGGAAGUUGUGCAGCUUUAGAGGCUGAACUCUACAACAACAACAGCCCCGGUGAGGCCAGGCUGGCCCGUCUCAGCCAGUUGUUCUUUUCUUUUCCUCUCCCUCCGUCCUGGGAGUCCUCGCGUCCCCCUCCUCCCCCCGUGCCUCCCUCCUUCACCCACCCCCCCAUUCCCUCCCUCUCUCCCCGGGAGUGGGUGUGUCGUUGCGGGGCCAGUGGUGAAGCCUGAAGCCGCUGCUUGUGCGCACUCCGCAAAAGAGGAAAAGGAAAAAAGAAAAAGAAAGUUGGUGAUGAGUUCAGUGUGAGCACGGCCGGCCUCGGAGCAGGCGCACCGUCCCGGGAUGGCAGUCUGGACCCGAGCGGAUAAGAACGGCCAGCUGGACCUGCUGCUCCGGGACCGCUGGAUCCGGGUCUCUGCAGAACUCACCCGAGAAACGCUGACUUUGACGGCCGAGGCGGAGGCGGCCAACAACCACUGGGACUACAGCAACAGCUCCCCCGCGGGCCUGAGGAAUGGCAUGUCGAACGGAAACGACCCGGGAUCGAGUCCGGGGAACCGCGGUCCGCCUCAAGAGCAACUCCAGAACCAGAACCACGGGGGUCGAGGGCGCAGCGGCAGCCCGGGGCGCGGGGGCGUCGGUCGGAGUCAGUAUGACGCCAGCUACAGCGCAAACAGCCCAGGAAAGUACCCGAAUAACGGCACUAACUCUGACUUUGGAAGUCCCGGCUCCAGCUACGGGAGUCCGGGCGGGUCCAGCUUCGGGUCCAGGCAGGGCGACUUCCCCCUCAGCCUGGACGGGUCCUCGGAGGCGGUGCGUAAAGUCCGGGUUGUCAAACAGGAGUCCGGCGGGCUGGGGAUCAGCAUCAAGGGGGGGCGAGAGAACCGGAUGCCCAUCCUCAUCUCCAAGAUCUUCCCCGGACUCGCCGCGGACCAGAGCCGGGCUCUGCGGGUCGGGGACGCGAUCCUGUCGGUGAACGGGAACGACCUCCGGGAGGCGACCCACGACCUGGCCGUGCAGGCGCUGAAGAAGGCCGGGAAGGAGGUGACUCUGGAGGUGAAGUACAUCCGUGAGGUGUCUCCGCUCUUCAAGAAGCCGUCUCUGGUGGCCGACCUGCCGUGGGACGGCGUGCGUCCCCAGUCCCCCAGCUACAGCGGCAGCGAGGACUCGGGUUCCCCCAAACAUGGCAGCUCCUCGUCGGCCAAAGACAGGAAGGUGAUCAGCCUGAAGAUGUGCUUCAUCAGCAGGAACCUCACCAUGCCGGACCUGGAGAACAGACUCCUGGAGCUCCAUUCUCCGGACGGGCAGCACACGGUGGUGCUUCGCUGUAAGGACGGACCCUCGGCCAACUCCUGGUUCACCGCCAUCCACACCAACAUCGCCGCCCUGCUGCCGCACACGCUGGCCCACAUCAACGCCUACCUGGGCGCCUCGUCCUCCACCCACCCUCACCUCAAACACAUCGGCUGGAUGGCUGAGCAGGUCCAGCUGGAAGGGGGGCGGCAGCAGUACCGGCCGGUGGUGAUGGCUCUGACGGAGAAGGACAUCCUGCUGUUUGAGUCGGUGCCGUGGAGUCGGGAGUCCUGGUCCAUGCCUCUGCUCACGCACCCGCUACUGGCCACCAGGCUGGUUCACUCGGGUGGCGCCCGUGGUUCUCCUGCCCAGGGCUCGGACCUGGUGUUCGCCACUCGGACCGGCACUGGGCGGGGCAUCGAGUCCCACGUCUUCCGGGUGGAAACCCACUGGGAUUUGUCCUCGUGGACGCGAGCGCUCGUGCAGGGGGCGCACGCCGCCGCCGAGAUCAUCAAAGAAGUCUCCAUUGGCUGCACGUUGAACAGACAGGACGUCCGGCUGACGCUGCACUAUGAGAAGGGUUUCACCGUGACGAGGGAGCCGGCCGAGCCUCCGGGGGGCGCCGUGCUCUUCAGAUACCCCUACGAGAAGCUCAAGAUGUCUGCCGACGACGGGGUCCGCAACCUCUACCUGGACUUUGGGGGUCCGGAGAGAGAAAUGGUGUUUGACCUCCACUCGGGUCCGAAGCCGGUGGUGUUCGUCCUCCACUCCUUCCUGUCGGCCAAGCUCACCCGCAUGGGCCUCCUGACGUGAAGAAGAACAAACCCACGACGAUUUUAUUACUUUUCAAACGUUUUCUCAUUUUCUCCAGUUUUUUUCCUUUCACGGCUGAAGUUAGACGUUGAAGGCGGCGGCGCUGCAGGAGCCUGGGCAUUUUAUCCUCUUUUUUUUUUGCAUCGAUUGUCUCAAAGAUGUGCCUUCUCCUGCAGCCCCCCCCGCCCCCCCGCCCGCCCCCUCCCUGUUUCUACUGCCUAUCGCUCCAUUACAGCCUUUUAAAGUGUGAGAGGACGUUUGUGACGGAGGUUUUUUCGUGUCCCUUCGGCCCGACAGCGAGACGCCGCGUUACCCCACAACUACAGGACUCACCAGCCGUGCCUUCUUCUUCUUCUUCUUCUUCUUCUUCUUCUUCUGCUUCUUCUGCUUCUCCAUCUUCUUCUCCUUCUUCUUCUUCUUCUUCUUCUUCUUCCUCCUCUUCUUCUUCUUCUUCUUCUUCUUCUCCUUCUGCUUCUUCUUCUUCUUCUUCUCCUUCUUCUUCUUCUUCUUCUUCUUCCACCACCUGGACACUCUUUAUAAUGUGUCCUCUGUUUUUUUGUUUUGUUUUUUAAACUUCACACAAUAAGAGAACGUUACGCUUCAGACACAAGCAAUAGUUUUACUCUUAUAGUGGAAACUUUAUUUUUUUUAUUAUUAUUAUUUCUCCUCAUAGUGUGAAUCUAUCAGACCCGACCAGACUUUUCUACGACCAAGGGCUCCAUACAAGGUCACAUGAUAUAGAUACGUGCCCCCCGGCCACUUUAUUAGGUACACCUGUGAGUCGUUCCCGAUUUAAAUGACGGAUGGAGGUUGUUAAACUAGACUGAAUCAAACUCUAAGUUAUUUGAAGCUAGACUAGCUUUAGAGCAGGACUGUUAGUGAACCUAAUGAAGUGGCCGGGGAGCGUGUUUUAAUAACCUCCAACACCCCCUCCCCUCCUCUACUCAGUGUUAUAAAAGCUAUAGAAGUCGUUUUAUUUUGGGAUUUUUUUAAACUGUUUUCAAAAAUCUUCUUUGAACCAGUGAAAGCGACUCAUUCAAAGGAAACGAGCUCUGAAGCUGAAGCUGAAGCUGAAUGAAAUGUUGAUGGAGAUGAAGGUGAAAACUCUGCAGGUUCAGUUAAGUGAUUGUUACAGGAACCACUUUAACUCUUAAACAUGAGGGGAAUGAGUUAAUGAAGUUGGUCAGCCUCCCCCCUCCCUCCCCCCCUCCCGUCCCUCCCGUCCCUCCCGUCCCCUCUGUCCCCUCUGUGUCCUUUUGGACCUCAGACAAUGAACCACUGUGUCCAAACAAGACAAGCCGUCUGUCCUGGGAUCAGGAACACAGCCUCCCUCCUCGCUGACCUCGGCUUCGGGGACUCUACGUCCUUGAUGUGAAUGUUUCAAGAAACGUUUUUGUUUUUUUUAAAAGAAAUAAAGUAGGUUUCCCUCCUCUCAAACAUCAGGGGAGGGGGUUUUAUUUCCAGGCCGUCCGUCUGCGAUGCACUAACCCCUCGAAAAAAAACCCUUUUAGAACCGGUGAAUGUAAACCUCUCCUCCGUCUCCUUCUCCUGUCUAUGCAAAGCAACGCUUCAAACGAGGGGUUCCUGAACCAAAGGUCGCCUCAACACUGUGGCAGCUCGCGUCCAACACAAUCAACAAACUGAGAAGUGGCACGGAGACAAAGUGCUGCAGCAACAAACCUGUCAUAUGCAAAGUAUUUUACACUUUCUUCCAAGAUACAGUAUACGAUGUAUGAUAGCAGUGUAGUAAUCUCAAAUGUAAAUAUCUACCAAUAAAACCUGUAAAUGGCAAAA